AUGGCCCGAAACCGAACGUUUGAGGGAAAUACGCCAAUCCUAUCGGUGGCCGAUCCGGAGCUCAUCAAAAAGAUUUUGGUGAAAGACUUUCACGUAUUUAACAGUAAGAAGACUAACACACUAUUGGAGUCUCGGGCGCACCCAAUACUCGUCAAUAAUCUGAUCGCCACUAAUGGCGACCAAUGGAAACGCUUGCGAUCCGUAAUGACUCCCGCCUUCUCGUCGGCAAAGAUGAGGAAAAUGUAUUCAAUGAUCAAAACGUGUUUAAAUGAGUUGUUGGAAGCGCUGGACGUAUACGCCAUUGACAACAAUGAGGUCGACAUGAAGACAAUGUACGGCAAUCUGACAAUGGAUGUGAUCUCUUCGUGUGCUUUUGGCACUCAAACCAAUUCACACACCGAUCCUAACAGUGUGUUUGUGACCAAUGCCAACAAAUCCCUUAAUCCAAAGCCCUAUCGACUUCUGCUGUCAAUUAUGUUACCAAAACUUGUUAUGAAAUUAUUUAAUAUGAAACACGCCAUCGAAGAGUCGGCCAAUGAAUUCUUCUUCACAAUUGUCCGACAGAUAAUGAAUGGCCGGAAGAAUAAUAGAAACAAAUACAACGAUUUCUUAGAUUUAUUGAUAAACUUAGAGAAGAAUGAUAAUAAUGUCAUUACAAAUGAAAAAUACAACAACGAAUUGCAUCACAUGAAUGGAGGUAUAAAUAAGAUUUCUGAAUCAUCUCAGAGACACUUAGACUUCACGCCCCGUCUGUCAUCGGAGGACUACCCGUUGGGCGACACCGGUAUCAUCAUUAAAAAGGGACAGUCAGUAGAGGUGCCCAUUUACGCUAUGGCUCACCUUGAUGAAUUCUUUCCAAACCCCGAUUCUUUCAUUCCCGACCGUUUUUUGCCUGAAAACAGGCACAAUAUAGUGCCCUAUACUUACCUGCCCUUCGGCGGCGGUCCCCGAAACUGUGUGGGAAUGAGGUUCGGUCUAAUGGAAGCCAAGUUGGCGUUGGCUCACGUGGUGUUGAGGUACCGAAUAUUCAAUGGAAAAACACCGGCGCUAACUGUCGGCGAACCGGAACUCAUAAAAAAUGUUUUGGUAAAAGACUUUCACUCAUUCGCCGACAGGACCCGCAAGAAGAGGAUUCAUCCGAUACUCAAACACCAUAUCAUUGAAGCCAAAGGCGACGACUGGAAGCGCUUGCGAUCCAUAAUAACGCCGACAUUCACGUCGGGAAAGAUGAAGAAAAUGUAUCCAAUGAUACGCGAGUGUCUCAACCAAUUCAUGGACGCACUGGACGUAUGCGCACAACAGGGCAGAGACAUCAACGCUAAGGACAUGUUUGGCAACUUCACGAUGGAUGUGAUCGCCACGUGUGCCUUCGCCACCAAAACCAAUACACAUAAAGACCCCAACAAUCCUUUCAUGAAGAAUACAUUGAAGAUAUUCUCUCCGAAUAAACUCUAUAUUCUUUCGUUUCUCUUUUUACCCAAAUUUAUGCUCAAAUUCUUUCACUUAUACUCCGGUUUGGAUGAGUCGGCCAACGAGUUCUUCUUUGACAUCACUCGGCAUAUCAUUAAAGAGCGCAGAAAUGGUAACAAAAAGUACAACGAUUUCAUACAACUUUUGCUGAACGCCCAGCAAAACACCAAUAAUAAUAAUAAACAAGUGUUGAGGGAUGAAAAUGAUGCCAAAGAUGCUCACUAUCGCAACGAAGGUGCCGAGGAGUUGGCGGUGGAGAACAAAUUAUUAUCGGAAACGGCCGACAAAUACAUUACUGACGACGAAAUCCUGGCGAACGCGUGGAUCUUCUUUCAGGCGGGAUAUGAAACGACUGCUUCGACGCUCACAUUCUGUUCGUACGAAUUGGCACUCAAUCCACACAUUCAGCAAAGACUGUACGAAGAGGUGAUGUCUUCGGUGGACGCGAACGGAGAGAUCGAUUACGACGUGUUGUCUGGACUGCCAUUCAUGGACGCCGUCGUGUCGGAGACACUGCGUCUCCAUUCGCCUGUCCUUAGGAUAGGCAGAGAGUGUAUUAAGGAUUACAAGUUGGGCGACACCGGCAUUACCGUCAAGAAGGGUCAGGCCGUGGAAGUGCCCAUUCAUGCCCUCCAUAUGUCCGAUGAGUACUACGAGAAACCGUAUGAGUUUAUACCCGAAAGGUUUCUGCCUGAAAAUCGUGAUCGAUUAGUGCCCUAUACUUACCUGCCGUUUGGUGUCGGGCCUCGCAAUUGCAUUGGUAUGAGUGAAUACAACGGAAACACACCUCUCCUAAUAAUAUCGGAGCCGCAACUCGUGAAACAAAUUUUUGUCAAAGACUUUCAUAUAUUUCCCGAACGGAAUCACAACCGAACGCAACACCCGAUCCUUAAGAAGCAUUUGGCGUCCGUUAAUAUCGAUGACUGGAAACGCAUCCGAUCUGUACUCUCACCCACUUUUAGCUCCGCCAAAAUGAAGAACGUGUACCCAAUGAUCAACAACUGUCUGAAGGAUUUUGUCAAUGAGUUGGAUGUGUUGGCCAUCGAUGGUAAUGAGAUAAACAUGGUCACAAUGUACGGCCAGUUGACAAUGGAUGUGAUCUCAAGGUGUGCUUUUGCCACCAAAACCAAUGUAUACAAAGACCCGAACGAUCCGUUUGUAUUGAAUGCGCGCAAAGUAUUUGUAACAAACGUUAAGCGACUAAUUUUGAUGCUAUUAUUACCAAAGUUUGUAUUAAAUGUAAUGAAUGUGAAACACCACGCGGUCGAGUCGGCCAAUCAGUUCUUCUUCAAUAUAAUCCGACAGAUAAUUAAAGAGCGAAAGAAUAGCCACAAGAAGUACAACGACUUAAUGGACCUUUUGAUUAGCGCACAAAACAAUGCCAUCAAUAAUAGCGGCAAACAUAUUAAGACCGACGACGAGAAUGAUGUGAACGAAGCCCAUCAUCUCAACGAAGGCGAAGAAGAGAGAGAAGUGAAGAGAAAGACAUUAAUGAGUGCCGAGAAAUAUCUGACGGAGGAUGAGAUGUUGGCGCAGUCGUGGGUCUUCUUCGCGGCCGGCUAUGAGACGGCGGCCACAACUCUCACGUUUGCAACCUAUGAGUUGGCACUCAAUCCUAAUUGUCAACAAAAACUGUACGAAGAAGUGAUGGAAGCGGUGGACAGCAAUGGAGACAUUGAUUAUUACUUACUGUCAAAACUGUCGUAUUUGGAUGCAGUCGUCUCAGAGACACUAAGACUUAAUCCGCCGGCAAUUCAACUCGAAAGACAGGCGUAUGAAGACUACGAAUUGCCCGGAACUGGACUUACACUCAAAAAGGGACAAUUGUUGGAGUUUCCCAUUUUUGCCAUUCAUCACAACGAGGAGUACUACGAAAACGCCCAAAGUUUUAUUCCGGAGAGGUUUUUGCCCCAAAAUCGUCAUAACAUCAAACCCUAUACUUACCUACCGUUCGGCGCCGGACCUCGUAAUUGCAUUGGUAUGCGGUUUGGGUUAAUGGAGGCUAAGCUAGCUACUAAAUGGCAAAAUGCAUUUGGAAAAUUAUAUGGUGUAUACAACGGAAACAUACCUGUGCUGGUGGUCGCCGAACCAGAACUAGUAAAACAGAUUUGCGUCAAAGAUUUUCACGUAUUCCCCGACCGGAACCGUAAUCGAGUCGUUCACCCGAUUCUCGGCAAACACUUAGUGACCGUUUGUGGCGAUGACUGGAAGCGGAUCCGAUCGAUAGUGACUCCAACGUUCAGUUCCAGCAAAAUGAAGAAUAUGUUUCCAAUGAUCAGAAAUUGUUUGCAAAAUUUUAUCAAUGAGUUGGAAGUGUUGGCCAUCGAUGGUAAAGAGGUAAACGUGAAGACACUGUAUGGUCAGUACACAAUGGAUGUUAUCGCUACGUGUGCUUUUGCCACCAAAACCAAUACAUACAAAGACCCGAACGAUCCGUUUCUACUGAACGCUCAGAAAGUGUUCACAAUUAACGUUAAGCGUAUGAUUGCUAUGUUAUUAUUGCCGAAAGCGGUGUUAAAGCUGCUCAAUAUGACACAUCAGGCCGACGCCGACGCUAACGAGUUCUUCCUUAAUAUAACCCGACAUAUAAUGAAAGGCCGAAAGACAGGCGACAAGAAGUACAACGAUUUCAUCGAGUUAUUGAUGAGCGCACAGACAAAUGCUGACAAUAAUAAUGGCAAACAUGUUAAACAUUAUGACGAGAAUGAUGUCAAUGAAGCACAUCAUGUAAAUGAAGGGGAGGAAGAGAAAGAGGUGGAGCGAAAGGUUUUAGGUUCAGUCAAUAAGUAUAUUACCGAGAAUGAAAUCCUCGCCCAGGCGUGGGUUUUCUUUGUGGCCGGAUAUGAGACAACGGCCACAACACUCACGUGGGCUUCGUAUGAGUUGGCGCUCAAUCCUAUUUGUCAACAGAAAUUACACGAAGAGAUCAUGACAUCAGUGGACAGCAAAGGAGAGAUUGAUUACGAUUUGUUAUCCAAACUGUCGUAUUUGGAUGCAGUCUUAUCAGAGACAUUGCGACUGAACGCACCGGCGGUUGUUCUCGGAAGACAUGCGGUUGAAGAUUACAAGUUGGGAAAUACAGGCAUUACUCUGAAAAAGGGACAAUUGGUUGAAAUCCCUGUGUUUGCGAUCCAUCGCAAUGAAGAGCACUACGAAAACGCCGAAACAUUUAUUCCGGAGAGGUUUUUGCCCGAAAACCGUCACAAAAUCAAACCCUAUACUUACAUACCGUUCGGCGCCGGACCUCACAAUUGCAUUGGUAUGCGCUUCGGAUUAAUGGAGGCUAAGCUCGCGUUGGCUCAUGUAAUCAAGAGUUACCGAUUUGUCCGCAGCCCUAACGCUGAAGUUCCCCUUCCGUUGAAUAUAAGUCUUGCUAUUCAUUCGCCAAAGAGAGUAAUGAUCGGCAUUGAAAAGAGAUAA